UCGUUCCGUUGAGUGAAAUGACGAAAGGUACGUCGAGUUUUGGUAAGCGGAGGAACAAGACACAUACAUUGUGCAGACGAUGUGGUCGUAGUUCCUACCACAUUCAGAAGUCACAAUGCGCUCAGUGUGGUUAUCCACAGAAAAAAAUGCGAUCUUAUAAUUGGUCGAUAAAAGCUAAGAGGAGGAAAACCACUGGCACUGGUCGUAUGCGUUACCUGAAAAUUGUUCGCAGGAAAUUCAAAAAUGGAUUCAGAGAAGGUUUGCCAAAGCCUAAAACAGUUCAAUCCAAGUAAUCUUACACUUUGUCAUUCUGUUAUAUACCUAUAUAAUUUUGACUAUCAAUAAAAUAAUUUGAAAAGUCCAAAAAAAUAA